AUGGCAACGAAUAAACGAACAUCUUCUUCAUCAAUAAAUGAUGAUAGUGAAACAAAAAAAUUUAAAAUAGAUGAUAAUCUAUCAACUACUAGUAAAGAAUCAAUACCGGCGUUUAUUAAUGAAAAUAUUACAAAUAAGAAAUUAUGUGAAUAUGGUGCAGCAUGUUAUCGACAAAAAAAUCCAAUACAUACAGCUGAAUAUGAUCAUCCGCCUGCGCGAGAAAAAUCAUCAACAAAUGAAAGUAACAAACGUUUGACGCCAAUUGAAAAAAUUCAACAAAGUGAACCAUAUCGAUUUUUUCUUUCGACUGUCUAUGGAAUAUUGGAUACUUACAACCAAAUAAAUGCUAUUAGUCUUAAAGAAAUUCUUUCUCCGGAACAUGGUCAACUUGUACGUUCCGCUCAAUUCAAUUAUAUGUUUGAUAUUGAAUUUUUACGUGAACAAUAUCCACCAGAAUUUCGACUUAAACCAUUAUUAAUUGUUCAUGGUGAUUCACGACAUGAUAAUCAUACAAUAAAAGCUCAAUGUUCACCAUAUCCACAAAUUGAAGUAUGUGCCGCUCGUCUUGAUAUACCGUAUGGAACACAUCAUACUAAAAUGAUGUUUUUAUUAUAUGAAACUGGUUUACGUAUUGUUAUUCAUACAGCAAAUCUUAUUCAACAAGAUUGGAAACAAAAAAGUCAAGGUAUAUGGAUUAGUCCAAUUUGUCCUAAAACAAAUGACAAUACAAAUGAAUCGAAAACAAAUUUUAAAAAAGAUUUAAUUGAAUAUAUUGAACGAUAUCGUGCUAAACAAUUACAAUUCUGGCAAAAAACUAUUAAUGAACAUGAUUUUAGUAGCAUAAAUGUUCAUCUAAUAAGUUCAACACCUGGUCGUCAUACAGGAGGAGAUAUGAAUAAAUUCGGUCAUUUAAAACUACGUCAAACUUUAAAAACUUAUCUUGGUCUGGAAAAUGAGGCACAAUAUAAUUCAGCACCAAUUAUUGGACAAUUUUCAAGUAUUGGAUCAUUAGGUCCAAAUGCAAAUAAUUGGUUAUCAAAAGAAUUUCUUACAUCUCUUAAACAACUUCAUUCAUCUUCAUUAGAUUCUCCAGAAUUAAAAUUAAUCUAUCCAACUGUUGACAAUGUUCGUACAUCUUUAGAAGGUUAUAUGGCUGGCGGAAGUUUACCUUAUAAUGUGCAAAAUGCAAUGAAACAAGGUUGGCUUGUUAAUUAUUUUCAUAAAUGGAAAGCAGAUCAUCGUCAACGUAGUCGAGCUUCUCCACAUAUUAAAACAUAUUUACGAGCAACAAAUGAUGAAUAUAAAGAACUUUUGUGGUUUUUAGUUACUAGUGCAAAUUUAUCGAAAGCUGCAUGGGGUGUUUUGGAAAAGAAUAAUACACAAUUAAUGAUUCGAUCAUAUGAAAUUGGUGUUUUAUUUAUUCCAAAACAAUUUUCUCAAACGACGUUUUCUGUAUCUGAUUCAUCAUCAUCGCCAUCAUUUCCUAUUCCAUAUGAUUUACCACCAGUCAAAUAUCAAUCAUCAGAUAAACCAUGGGUAGUCGAUGUUGCAUAUAAGAAUCAACCGGACUCACAUGGAAAUAUGUGGGAUCCAAGUGACUAG